CCUGGCUCCUCCCACAUGUCCAGUCACAGCGAGGAGCUGAGGAUCCUGAGCGUCCACGGAAAAGGGGAGGGCCCACUGGCGCUGCACGGCCAUGACGACCUCUUCACUGCGUCCAAACAGGAGGCUCUGAGCUCGCUGUCCACGGAACACGGCGUGGUCAAGAGCCUGGAGCGCGGCGAGCAGCUGGUCCGCCGCGAGGAGCUGACUGGGCAUCAGGGCGGCGGCAAGGACCGGCCCGCUGUGUUGUCUGGCGAGUGUUUUCCCGACAAAACCAAUAUGGUCAUCCACAGGCGUACCCACACCGGCGAGAAGCCAUACGGGUGCGACCAGUGCACGGAGCGCUUCAAACUGAAAGACAGCCUGAAGAGCCACAUGAGGAGGACUCACUCCGGGGAGAAGCCCUACAGGUGUGAUCAAUGCGUGAAGUGCUACUAUAGGAGCUCUCACCUGAAGAGGCACAUGAAGACUCACUCCGGGGAGAAGCCCUACAGGUGUGACCAAUGCGUGAAGCGCUUCAGUAAGAGUUCAAACCUGACGGUCCACAUGAGGACUCACUCCGGGGAGAAGCCCUACAGGUGUGACCAAUGCGUGAAGCGCUUCAGUCGUAGAUGCAUCCUGAAGGUCCACAUGAGGACUCACUCCGGGGAGAAGCCCUACAGGUGUAACCAAUGCGUGAAGCGCUUCAGUCAGCGCUCCACUCUGAAGAGCCACAUGAGGACUCACUCCGGGGAGAAGCCCUACAGGUGUAACCAAUGCGUGAAGCGCUUCAGUAAGAGUUCAAACCUGACGGUCCACAUGAGGACUCACUCCGGGGAGAAGCCCUACAGGUGUGACCAAUGCGUGAAGCGCUUCAGUCGUAGAUACAUCCUGAAGGUCCACAUGAGGACUCACUCCGGGGAGAAGUCCUACAGGUGUAACCAAUGCGUGAAGCGCUUCAGUCAGCGCUCCACUCUGAAGAGCCACAUGAGGACUCACUCCGGGGAGAAGCCCUGAAGGUGCAACACCAGCCUCAGUGACCCUAGCAAUUUGCGUUGGCACAUGCUCAAGCACAGAGGCAUUGGGGUGCAUUGACACGGGCAAUGGGACCUUUUAAUUCACACCUCUAUCCUGUUUUUGUUUAAAUUUGUCUGUUCUAGUUAUUUUUUAUUCACGAUUAUAGCUCUAUAGCUCUGGUCCAGACUGUUCCCGGGAAGAAGAUUCCUGCGCCUGGGAGUUUGCAAACCAUUUGCAAACUCCUGAAAUGGUUUGCAAACCAUUUCAGGUUUUGUUGUUAGCUUAUGUAAGUGGUAAUAAAGCCUUAAUCUUUCAAACCUA